GGCCGGGACGGCGCUAUUGCAACACUGGAUUUGCUCACCAACGUUAUUUGCACACAUACAGUAAUGGUGAAACGGUAGUUUGUUUUUCUAAAGAGGCAACACGACACUGACUGAUGCCCUGACUCCACGCUUUCUUCCUCCUAAAGAUCGUUAGGUCCGAGAGUUAACAAUAGCUAACGCUAGCUAGCUGUUACAUGUCCUCGUUUUUUCUGGCAUCUGACCUCCACCGCCGCCACCACAACAGAGGCGCAGUGAGAAGCUUUUUCUGGCUUGUGUUGGGGUGAUAAUUCACCCGUACCUUGUCGUCACCCCCCGCCCCCCUUGUUCCGUGUUUUGUCCCUCGGACUGUUCCUGAAUAUGAUACAGAAUGAGUCAAAGAGACACCCUGGUUCAUCUGUUUGCUGGAGGGUGCGGGGGAACGGUUGGAGCAAUUUUAACUUGUCCACUAGAAGUGGUGAAGACCCGUCUGCAGUCAUCCUCCAUCACCCUCUAUGUGUCUGAGGUGCAGCUCAGCACUGUUAACGGGGCCAGUGUGGCCCGCAUGUCCCCGCCGGGCCCCCUACACUGCCUGAAGUUGAUCCUAGAGAAAGAAGGACCUCGCUCGCUCUUCAGGGGUUUGGGGCCUAACUUAGUGGGUGUGGCCCCUUCUAGAGCAAUUUACUUUGCUGCAUACUCCAGUGCCAAAGAGAGACUGAAUGGUUUGUUGGAGCCUGACUCCACACAGGUGCACAUGGUCUCAGCUGGACUGGCAGGGUUUACAGCCAUCACUGCAACCAACCCCAUUUGGCUCAUAAAGACUCGUCUGCAGCUAGAUGCCAGGAAUCGUGGAGAGCAUAGGUUGAGUGCAUUUGAAUGCAUGAGGCGAGUGUACCAGGCGGAUGGCCUGCGAGGCUUCUACAGGGGUAUGUCAGCAUCCUAUGCUGGUAUCUCAGAGACUGUGAUCCACUUUGUAAUCUAUGAGAGCAUCAAACGACGCCUUCUGGAGGCCAAGGCCACGCAGAACAUGGAUGAAGAAGAGGAAAUAUCCAAAGAUGCAUCAGACUUUGUUGGGAUGAUGCUCGCCGCAGCCACCUCCAAGACAUGUGCCACAUCCAUUGCUUAUCCUCAUGAAGUUAUUCGCACUAGACUACGUGAAGAAGGCACCAAGUAUCGCUCAUUCUUCCAGACUCUAACGAUGGUGCCCAAAGAGGAGGGCUACCGAGCCCUGUAUCGUGGCCUCACCACACACCUGGUACGGCAGAUCCCCAACACUGCCAUCAUGAUGUGCACCUACGAGUUGGUGGUUCAUCUUCUAAAUGGUUAAACCCUUCCUUCCGACGCCCAGAGAACACGUAACCCCGCCCCUGCUCACAGAAAGAGAGAGAGCGAGCGCUCACCAGGACUGAUGCUCAAAGGUUCUCCUCCCCAGAUGAGUACAGAGACAGAGCAGAGCCCUCACCUGUUUUACUGAAGCUAAACACGGGUUGUUUUCAACAAGGUGGGGGUUUGUGUUCUGUUUUUCUGGCAGGCACAGCACAAGGUAGCAGAUUGGAAGGAACUUCAGCUUGAAUGUGGCUGAAGUUUUAUAGCAUUUGGCAAAAAACAAAAAAAAAUGAUUGAUCCCCACCUGUUUUGUAAUGACAUUUCUCUUGUUGGUUACAUGCUCCCACUCUCUCGAGUUCCCAAGUUAUUUGCGCAAGCAUAUUGAUUGAUAGAGUGCUAAGGAGAUCACCUAAGUAACAGUAAAAUCCUCUAACAAUACUAGUCCUUGCUACCUAGUGGAGCCCAGAACCUCCGCGAGAGUGCUCUGUUCUUAAGAUAAUGAUAACCCGAUUCUCCCUGUUCUGGCUUUGGGAGCAUUUUAGAAUAAAGUGCAUCCCUCUCCAUCCUUCACUGUAACAUCAGAGGCCACUACCGAGACCACGUUUCAGAUUUUAUCAUUAGUUCAGCGGUUGCCCCACAUUGCACAAGCAGAAUUUCUGACAUGGGUUCGUCUGUCAGUGCAUGCAAGGGGGCAAUCGGUGCGCAAGGCUUCUCUCAUAUGGUUGUAGAGAGGACAGGUAAAAUGAGGGACACGUGCCUUGUAUGACAAAACCAUAUGGGAAGAUGCACAGUGGCUAUCGGGGGCAGUUGGAGCUCUGGUUGCUCUGAUCACAGUUUGCAACAAGUGAAGUAGAAAUGUACAGACAUGCACGAGUAUGGGGCCGUGAGGGUAACUCAGUGAUCCUUAAUCACCACCCUUAGCACACAUGGAAAAUGCACACCCUCACCUGUGCAUUUUUAGGAAGACCUGUCCUUUAAGACACUCCAGUCUCAAUAAAGUGAGGCGGUGGCUAUUUACGUGGAUUUGGUUACUUGAUACUAGAUGCAUCUGUGAUACAUUUCCAGGUGCAUUUUUUAUGAGAAUCCCGCUGUGUACUGAGGUGUGAGGUGACAAAGAGUGCAACACUGAGAUCUGACAUCUUGGCCACCAGUCUGUGUUCUAGAAAUCAAUGUGUUGACAAGAAAAAGCCUCUAAUGUGUGACAACAUGAAAGAAUUCACCCUUUUAACUACUGGAAUGUAAACAAAUUGAUGAAUAACCUUGUUUAACACAAGGAAGUAAAACACUGACCCGUGAUGUGACUUAUUAAGAAUAUUUAAACCAAUAUAGAAAAUUAACAACUUUUAACAAAAAUGGUAAUAUUGAUUUAAAUCUACUUUGAAAUUGUAUAUAUGGAUGGAGCAUGACCGCACAAAAUGUGACUAUUGCAUUUGUCUUGCCCCCAUUAAUGGCAAAUGCAGUUUUUUCUGUUUUGUCGAACAGAGUUGAGCCCUUCCCUGCCCCACCGCUAGUCUUUUUUUUUUCCCCUCCUGAUUCAAACAACUGUUCUGUCUUUAUGUACUUUUCCAAGGCUCUCAACAGUGCUUAUCUCAAUUUCAGUUUCAGCAUCCAGGUUUAGUUUUACAGGCGAGGACAAUCCUCUUGAGUGUUUACUUUGGAAGCUUGUUGUACCAUUUAGACGUUUGGAAGAUAGCGAGGAACGCACUCUUUGUGUCCGUAGCAGUGUAAAAUGCACACUGAAACAGAUAAAUCACAUGUUACAGAUUUUUCCCUCACCUUAUUCGGUGCAGGUUUUUUUUUUCAUUAAAAAAUGAAUAUCGAACGUGAAGAUACAAAAAAAAUUAAUGUAGUUGUCAUUUCUGCCUCUUUUUUUUUUUAAAAAACAAAACAAAAAACAAAACUUGUUCUUUGGGCAUUUUUUGACCUCAUCCCAUUGGAAUCAAAAGAUGCAUGUUCUCUGCUUUGGCUUCUUUGUUUUGGCUUCUCUGUUUCUUCCUUAGCAUGUUUCAUUUUUUUCAGUUUGAGGCCGAGGAGUCCCAUGUGUUGUGUAAUCUCAUCCAUCCUUGUAACCAUAGAGACGGCCUCACCUGCUCACCUUUACCCUCUUACAUGACAUGGAACUAACCACUUGUCCAGCCUGUGUACAUGUAUUUGUAUUUCAGUCAGAAACCCACAGCCUGGAUAGAGCCUAACUCUGAAAACGUUUAACUCUUAAUAAUAACUCACUGAGUGAUUCACUGCUAGUAAUGUCUGAGAGCUUAACGCAUUCCCGGUGCCUACUUGGGAGGGAAUGGACAGGCAAACUUUGAUAUGCAGCUGAACUAUGCUUCCUCUCUCUGUGCCAUCUUACUUGAGACUGUAGAAGAAGAAGAAAAAAAAAGCCUUGUGUUUCUGGCCAAAAAAAAAACAGGCUCCCAUGCCAUUAAAAAUGACAAAGAAGUCAUCGAAGUCUUUCUCACUGUGAACACUGAAAUUACGACGCACAUUAUAAAGGAUGCAUAGUUCAUCGGCUCAUAGUAGAACAGUUAUCAAAGUUGUACGUUUGUGAAUAUAGAUGAUAUCAGUGAUGCGCAGUUGAUGUGGUAGUGCUU